UUAAGGCUAGAGUGCUAGUCGCUAGACAGUAGCCACUAGCCACUAAUUUUCGCUUUUCAAUUUUCAUUAUCCAAUAAUCAACAAAGACUUUUCAAAAUUUAUUACGAUGUAUCUUAAAAUUUGUUCAAUUUUAUAUAAUAACGUACUUAAACGGCACCUUUAAACAUGUUUAUGCUUUAAUACAUUUUAAUUUAUCAGUGUGACUAAUUAUUGUUAUUACCAAUAUUCUAUUCAAUUGAUUAUUUUCCGUGUUAUUUAGGUAUUGUGUCGUUUUGGAAUAAGCUUAUCGUGCGCAGUCGUGUUCAAGCUCCAAGGUACAAAUUACGUUUACAGUCAAGGGCGGAAGGACAAAAUGGGCAACAAAUCAUCUUUAUUAUUAAGGGAAGAAGAAAUUGCACAAAUACAGGAAGAAACGGGGUUUACUCCUAACCAAAUAGAGCGCCUCUAUUCAAGAUUUACGGCUCUGGAUAAAAAUGAUUGUGGUACAUUGUCUCGUGAAGAUUUUCUUCGUAUUCCCGAACUCGCAAUUAAUCCAUUAAGUGAACGAAUUGUGUCUGCUUUCUUUGCUGAGAGUCACGAUGACCGAGUGAACUUUCUGCAGUUUAUGCGAGUAUUAGCUCACUUUAGACCUAUAAGAAAAAACAGGGAGAAUAAACUAAACAGUCGGGAAGAAAAGCUAAGAUUUGCAUUUUCAAUGUACGACCUAGAUAAUGAUGGCAAAAUAUCACGAGAUGAACUUCUAGCAAUACUUCACAUGAUGGUUGGGGUAAAUAUAAGUGAAGAGCAGCUAUCAAGCAUUGCUGAGCGAACUAUAUUAGAAGCAGACACCAACAAUGAUCAAAUGAUUUCAUUCGAAGAAUUUGCACGGGCCCUGGAGAGAACUGAUGUAGAACAGAAGAUGUCAAUUCGCUUCCUCAAUUGACCACUAGGAUCUUAAACUCUGCACAAAUAUGUUCUAACUGUAGUUGCUGUGACAAUUACAUUUAAGUUGUGUAUUAGAAAAUAGCUUCAAGGCUUGUAUAAUUUUGAGACUAAUAAAUAUGGUGUCAUUGA